AUGGAACAUAUCAGUAAUAGCGAUCAAACAGACGUGGGCGAAUCAUCAGAAAGUCAUCAUCAGAUUUUAAUUUCUAACAUUAUCAGCAAGAUAGAAAGUCUACCCAAAGUCGUCAAUGUCGAUCAUGUAGAUUAUCCACCAGUCGAUCAAAAUGAUAUUCAAGCCUGGGAACGGAAACAUACUUGUAGCAUGCCGGACGAUCUGAAAGCAUUUUAUAUGCUUUCUAAUGGUUUUCUACUGACGUGGUCAGUCCUCUUUGAUGGUCAAAAACAGUCUCUUGGAAGAAUGGUGGUCAAUUCCUUAAAGAGCUUGAAACGAAUAAAUGAUAAUAAGAACAUUAAUGGAUCAAUUGCACUUGACGAUAUCGUUUGUUCUGACAAUGAUGAAUGUGGUAAUAGGAAACCACAAUUCGAUCCAUCUCAGAGUUGGAUAUUUGAACUAGACGAUUGUGAUGGUUACGGAAAAGUAUGUUUGGUCUACAAGUUACAAUCAGAUUCUAUCAAUCAAAUAUCGCCAGAAGUAUGGUUCCUUGAUAGAGCUCUAGGCUGGCACUAUUUAACUGAUUCGUUUACAAAAUAUUUUCGUCUGAUGAUUAUGCAUCUUGGCCUACCGCAAUGGCAGUACGCAUUAACAAAUAUUGGUCUAAGCCCUAUUGCAAAGAAAUAUUGCCGUACUAGGUAA